CUGGUCAUGUGAACGGAUUGCUGACGCAACGCGGAAACUCGCGAAUUUAGCACCAGAUUUAACCAAAAUGCUGGUACAUGGCUGUUUCCGGGUCAGGAGGAGGCUGCGGAGGACGGGUUAACCCGAACCCGGAGGCGGAGUGAUCACACUUCGGAGUAGAACCGACUCACCAGCCCGUCGACUGUUUGCUAACUGCACCUAGCUAGCUUAGCCCACCCGCCGGUCACAUGAAGUAAACCUGACCGGAGGGGAGGAUGGCGGAGCGGGAUACGCCACCGGGAGACCUGCCUCUGCAGUCAGAGGAGUCUGGAAGUUGUGGGAGGCAGAAUUCCUCCGACGAAAACGGACACGCCGACAGUCCGGAUGAGACUCUGUCCCCGACCUCGGUGAUUUACUUCAGGGAGGCGCUGGACUCUAGCCUGAGGUUCGGGAAGGCUGGAUCUCUGUCUCCAGCCCCGCUUCGACAGUAUGACUUCAAAAUAGAAAGGAUCGAUUCCAGGCGUAGAAAUCCAAAGGAUCCUAUUGCAAUCGAAAGGCUUAACUUGAUGAACAUGGCCAAACUGAGCAUCAAGGGCCUGAUCGAGUCUGCUCUGAACCUCGGACGUACGCUCGACUCAGACUAUGCACCUCUUCAGCAGUUCUUUGUAGUCAUGGAGCACUGUCUGAAACAUGGACUGAAAACUAAGAAGACCUUCCUGGGUCAGAACAAGUCGUUCUGGGGGGCGUUGGAGCUGGUCGAGAAGCUGACGCCUGAAGCAGGAGAGAUCACUGCCAGCGUAAAAGACCUGCCAGGCCUCAAAACUCCUCUAGGACGAGGUCGCGCCUGGUUACGACUGGCCUUGAUGCAGAAGAAGCUCUCUGACUACAUGAAGACCAUCAUCAACAGAAAGGACCUGCUCAGUGAAUUCUACGAGCCGAACGCGUUGAUGAUGGAGGAGGAAGGUGCCGUCAUCGCCGGGCUGCUCGUUGGACUAAACGUCAUUGAUGCCAACCUGUGUAUGAAGGGAGAAGAUCUGGACUCACAGGUCGGGGUGAUUGAUUUCUCAAUGUACCUAAAAGACGGAGGACACAGUAGUAAGAGUGCAGAGGGCGACGGUCAGAUCACAGCUAUUCUCGAUCAGAAGAACUACGUUGAGGAGCUGAACAGACAUUUAAGUGCGUCAGUAAAUAACCUUCAGGCGAAGGUGGAUGCUCUGGAAAAGUCCAACACAAAGCUGACAGAAGAGCUCGCGGUGGCAAAUAACAGGAUCAUCACUUUACAAGAAGACGUGGAGAGAGUAAAGGAGGAGAGCUCGUAUCAGCUGGAGUCCAGGAAGGCAUUAAGAAGCGACUCGGCAGCAGACGGACAGGCUCUGGGUGAAACACGCAAGCAGCUCAAAGAGGAAACUGUGCUUCGAUUGGACGUGGAGAAGGAGCUGGAGGUGCAGAUCGGGAUGAAGCAGGAGAUGGAGCUGUCCAUAAAGAUGCUGGAGAAAGACAUCUGUGAGAAGCAGGACGCCUUGGUGGAGCUCAGACAGCAGCUGGAAGACCUUCGUGCCAUCAACCAACAGCUCAGCCACAAGUCACAGAGUGCAGAUGCCAGCUCUAAGCAGAAGAGUGAAGCCAUCGUGCGCCUGGAGGAGAAAAUAAACCAGAUGUCAGGGACCAUAAAACAGCUAGAGACCAGAUGCAAACAGGCUGAGAAGCAGAGAGAUCUGGCUGUGGAGGCCAACCGGCUCUUCAAGCAGGAGUUUGGAGACAAGAUCGAGAGUCUGCAGGUGGAGGUGGGGCAGCUCAGGAAACACAGGUCGAGUCUGGAGCAGGAGCUGAGAAAAGAGCGAGAACGAAGGACUGAGCAUCACGCUAGAGCUGCAUCCAGACAGACCAGUGCUGCUCGGAGGGAGAAGAGAGCCCCAGAGAACAUACCGAAGCAGCUCCCAGAACCCUCACCAGUGAAAAGGGAGAAUGACCAGUUCCAGAGUGGACAAGAGGACAAAACCAGUCUGAGCUCCAGCUUGUCUCUGUCACAUCAUGAGGAUGAGCAGGACGAGUCGUUCCUGGAGAUCAGUGAGCCAUCGUUGUGUACGAUGUGUGAACAGGACGACUCCCUCCUGAAGACAAAGAAACAGUGUAAGAACUGCAGCGGUGUUUUCUGUGAGAGUUGUGUGUCCAACGAGCUGCCUCUUCCCUCCUCCAUCCUCCCAGAGGCGGUCUGCAGCUCCUGCUACUCCCAGCUGCUCCAGCAAUACGCCUCCAUGCCGACAUGAUCCCAAACCGGAGGAGUCCACGUGUAAAAACUGCAGAAAGAAAAGCACUUUUUGACUUCAAACGUCACAAAAGAUCCUUGGAGUCUUGAACUCUGUGGGUUGUUUUAAUUACUUUGUGUCCAAUUGUGUGCUGCUGAGAGCCGCGUCUUGCAGGUUUUUUUUACGAUUAAACACCAAGAAAGCAAUUUAUCGCCUUUUCCUGGUUCACAUCGUGUUUAUUGGUGGUUUUAAAGUGAAAACCUGCACUAUACGUGAAAAAGUCACCUGGCUGGAUAUUAAUCAACAGCGUGAAUCAUCUCAUGUUGAAAAACUGACUUUCCACAGUGUCCACUAAGUGGAUUAUUGAUGCAAAGUUUAUUUUAACCUCACUUUUAAAAAAUGGAGAGAAAAAGAAGGAAAAACUGGAUUUAUUGUCAGUAUUUGGAUAUGAUUCAUGAUCCACUCCAACAAUUUGUGCACAAAGUGGCUUCAGGUUCAGGGAAAUACUGACAAAAUGAAUCAAAAAUUUUCCUAAAUAAGUUUAUUUCUCACAGAGAGUUCAGAAAAUUGUGCAGAAUUUAAGACCUGGAAAAGACAAAUAUUUAGGUUACAUCACAAUGUAUGAAAACCAAAAAUCCUAGACUGGAUUAUAUAUUUAAAUAUGCUUCUAUAUCUAGUCUCUUAUCGCAAUAUCGAUACCAAUAUUUGAUGAAUGUCUCAUCCAGCUGGGGUUCAGAAUGUAGAAUUAUCAAAGGAGUAGUUUAUUUAAUAUUUUUGGAUAUCAGGCAAUUAGCUUUGCUUAGCAUAAAGACUGAAAGCAAAGGGAAAUUUAGCCUAGUGCUCCCCACAGGUGAAAAAAUCCACCUUUAAAGCUUAAAAAUUAAAAUCAAAACUAGAAUCCAAGUGCCAAAACAAUGCAAAGGAUGGAACUUUCACAAAGCUACUGUUACACAAAACCAAAAAAACAAGCAAUUUUUACAGUAUUAUGCUUUAAUUGGUGCACAUUAAGUACGCUAACGUAGCUCCUUCUGUUUUCAGUCUUAAUGCUAAGCUAAGCUAACUUUCUCUACUGGCGAAGUAUGAAAAAAAGGCAAAUAUUUAACAAGUUAUGAGGCUGUUCUUUCACGUUUACAAAGCUGAAUAUUCUGGGUAUUAUUUCUACAGUUUUUUAGCUGUGGCAUUAGCAAAAGGCUAACAAUCAGAAACCUGCAGAUAUUUGGGUGAAGUUGUCUCAGACUUCUGAACGCCCGACUGCUUUGAAGUUCAGCUUCAUAUUUGCCGUUUUCACGUUUUGCUGAUUGAGUAAAACUAGACAGCUCAUUUCUUGUCGACGCUGAUUAACGUGAUGUGGAAAAAACAAUGCUUCUUAGAUCAACAAUAAACUUUUUUCAGAUCUUAA